AUGCGGCAAGUCGGGCCCAAGGGGUACUAUUUGGCGACGGCACAUAAUGAGAAUCGCGCCCGGCCAAUUGCGUCUUGCUCUCAGUAUGGCGGAUGCGUCGCCACAGUCUUGAAUUCGGUGGCACAUCAAGCCAAGUCAUGUGGUAGGGACCCGUCCAAGUUGGGAAGGUGGGCGUACGUGCGCCUUUGCGGCAAGAAGUUUGAUAUGCCAUCCUCGGAUAACCAAGUCAACGAGGCUGCCGAUGCGUCACGUAGCCGGUUCUCUAAAGACUUGGUGGUUAUCUCCGCGUACCGGCCAAACCCCUCGGGUAAGGGCAAAUCUACGGUAUGGGCGCAACACCGCAGCUUCUUCCGCUCUCAAGGCAGACAGCGUGAUCCAAGGGAGGCAUUUAUGGUGGACCUUUUACGUGCGAUCACCCAAUGGCGCGACAAGGGGUGCGAAGUGAUUGUGGGCGUGGAUGCUAAUGAGGAUGUCUCCUCAUACCAGGAUUCCUCUUUUCGCCAGCGACUUUGUAGCAUAGGAUAG